AUGGCCAUUGUUGCGUCUCCAUCAAUCCCUUUUGCUUCAACCCUUAAUUGGUGCUCAAUCCAAAUUCCUUCUUUAAAAAUCACUCAAAAACCUCCCUUCUGCAACUCAAAAAAACACACACAAACAAUGAAGAACACCGUCAACAAUGGCAGCACGAAGCUCAUCCUCCUCCACCCCUACGUUCAAAAACAAGCUUCCUCCACCCGCCUUUACUGGCUCAUCGCCGCCGUCUCCAUUUUUGCGGUAGCUUCCCUCCUCACAUUCAUUUACACACGCGAAACCUUCACCACCACCACCACGACCAUCGCCGCUGCAACUUCCAUCACCACCGCUGCAUCAACCCUCAACCACCACAUCCUUCCGAAAUCAGUCACCAAAGCCCUGAUUCACUACGCAGCCAACACCAACAGCUCCGAUCACAUGUCAAACACCGAUAUUAAACAAAUCUCCGACGUCCUCCGGCAAUGUCCGUCACCUUGUAACUUUCUUGUUUUCGGCCUGACGCCGGAGACCCUUCUCUGGAACGCUUUGAACCACCAUGGCCGGACUGUUUUCAUCGAUGAAAACCGUUAUUAUGCUGCGUAUAUCGAGGAAAAGCACCCGGAGAUUGAAGCUUAUGAUGUUCAAUACACGACAAAGAUCAGCGAGCUUAAUGAUCUUAUAACUUCUGUUAGAGAACAAGUGCGUAAUGAAUGUCGACCUGUGCAAAAUCUUCUGUUUUCCGAUUGUAAAAUUGGACUGAAUGAUCUUCCGAAUCAGUUAUAUGAACUGGAUUGGGACAUCAUACUGGUGGAUGGGCCACGUGGGUAUUGGCCGGAGGGGCCGGGGAGGAUGUCGGCCAUCUUCACCGCCGGCGUGCUGGCGAGGAGCAAAAAGGGUGGUAAUCGGAAAACUCAUGUUUUCGUUCAUGAUUAUAAGAGGAAAGUGGAGAGGGUUUCGAGUGAAGAGUUUUUGUGUAAAGAGAAUUUAGUGAAGUCUUCUAAGGAUUUAUUGGCGCAUUAUAUGGUGGAAAGAGUGACGGAGGAGAGUAACAGCCGCCACUUCUGCCGGAACCACUCCGUCAGGGCGAGAUCGGGUCCUAGUUUAUUUUUCGACAAUUUGCUUCAGACGAAGUUUUGGCGGUGGUUUGUUGGCGGCCUGUCGGAGAAGAUAAAGAAGGGUGGUGGUGGUUCGACUGUAGAAGGAAUAGUGGUGGUAUUCCGGCUAGGUGGGGUGACGAUGAAUGCGAGAUGGAGCAGAAAUGGAAUGGUGGAUGGUGAAGAAAUCGAGAGGUGGUGGUUUGGUUACAUUUGGCGGCAACGUCGUUGA